GUUUGUCCUCCAUCAGCUGGCAAGAUGGCGGACUGGAAGGAGAAAGUUCUCCAUUAUGGUAAACGGCUAGAACGAAAUCAAAGCGAUGACAAGGUAUUGGAGACACUGCAUAAGCUCCAAAAAAUACCCAUGACAUUAUCAGUGUUACAAGAGACAAACAUUGGUAGAAUAGUCAGUCAGCUCAAGAAACAGGAUGGUCCCGUCGGAGAAAAAGCACGUGCCGUUGUCCGCGCCUGGAAAGAAGUUGUCACUUCAAAAUCGCAGGACACUUCGGAGAGGUCAUCAACCUCAAAAAGAAAAAAAGAGAUAGACGACGAUGACGACGACCCUCCGCCGGUUAAAAGCCAUCGCUCAAGUAAGCAGUACUCCAUUGAAGUCGAGAGCAGUCAUCAGAACGGAAACGUGCAACACAGCGGUGUGAUGCAUGCUCCUCAUCACCACCACCACCAUCACCACCACCAUCAAAACAAAGUCGAGGAGAAACCUGCUGAGAAGGCUUCUCGUGUUGACAAAAAAGAGAUGAAGAAACUGUUAAAAAAGGCAGGUCACAGCGAAGGUGGCUUAGACGGAUCAGUGGCGUCGUUCGAAGCCUGUCUCGGUCUUAACGACUCCGUGCAGCAGCCCAAGAUUAAGAAAAAAAUGGCAACCACUCCCGUCAAGAAGCCAGUCACGAAAACCGUCGCGGAGGUUCAACAGAGUUCCUCGUCUCCGACAAAGAAGGAAAGCUCGCAUCACCAAAGCAGCUCCAAGAGCAAACGUUCCACUUCAAAAGAGGAAAACCACCAUGCGCGCAAAAUGCCAGAGGCUCUCCAGAAGCCCAACUUGGCACCACUAGAUAGGGAAGAAGUGCUGUCAACCCUCCCGGAAAUCCAACCCGUGUACAAGCCACUACCUCAUCACAGGUUCAUGGAAGAUGGACCAGUUAAAAAUAAAAGAAACUUGAGCAAUGAGGAAGCAAUAAUUUUCACGUCGUCGAGAAAAGACAGGACGGCCGUCUAUUCCGGCAGGAAAAGCUGCUACCUUCCAGAGGUACCCACAUUAUACGAGGCCUGUGUAAGAGUGCUCACAGAAAACGUUGAGGGUCUCGCAUACACGGGUGGUGUUCCGUACGACAUCCUUAAGCCUGUUCUCGAAAGAUGCACCCCCACACAGCUGUAUUCUUUGGAAGACUACAAUCCUUACCUCCUGGAUGACUCCGAUGAGCUCUGGCAAGUCCACUGCGGUAAGGAUUUCAAGGGCAUACAACCUGACGCCGGUGAGACGUGGCGGGAGAUGUACCUUAAAAAGUAUGACGAGCGAGAGGAGAAGUUGAAGUCUCUCACAGCAACCAUUUCUGCAUCUAUGUCAAAGGCCACCCCUGUGCGGCAAACGAAGCUGGCGUACGUUGACAGUGUUGCCAAGCCACCAAGAAACGUAGCACGCCAGCAAGCUAAGCACGGCACUGGGCUUCCCAUAAGUCAACCCCUCAUCAAGCCAACUGAAAGGGCAGCACUGGCUAGGUCGGGAUGCAGUGGCUCUUCAUCUGGAAGCAGCCGGAUCCCCAAUGUACCUUCUGGUCCUCCCAAAAAGCCCAAGAUUGCACCACUGAUGCAGAAGACCCUCAAGUUUAUGAAGCAAAGGUUCAAGCGAUAAUCUCAGACACAUUGAUUAUUGUAAAUAAGACAGUUAAUGUAUUGCACUGUAGGAAACAACUUUGAGAGAAAAGUGCUUGAUCAUUGUACAGACUGUAUUUGAUAUAGCCCCUGAGCAUGUUUUUAAGUCAUUCGUUCUUGUCAGGCGCUUCGAGCAGCUUCAUCAUGUCUCGCCUACCCCUACCUACCUACCCCCCUCCCCUACCCAUGACUCCCCUACCCAUGCUUGCACUUUUACCUGGGAUCCUGAUGGCACUCAUGAUUUUCUUGAUUUGGAUGCACAGUUUAUUUUUAACGCAACUCACAAGAGUACCUCGAGUGUUUUUUCCUGGUUGUGUCAGUCGGCAUGCUUUCCUUUCACUGUUGCAUGCUAUAGGCCCUCUGGCCCCUUACAGGAAGCGUUUCCUAUGUGGGCGCUACGUGCCGCAGUCAGACCUGUUGCAGCGAUGAUUUUUCAAAUAAAUUCACUCUUCAAUCGUGCAA